AUGGGAGGAACGGGGAGAGGAACGGUGAAAGGAUAUGGGAAAGAGGAUAUCAAUCGGAUCUGCGAUGUGGUGUUGAGAUAUCUCAACAUGUCCAGAAUGGAAACAAAGGAAAAUCAUCAAGAUUCGGAAGCCGAUCUGAGGGCUCAAUUUACCACAAGUUUGAUCAAACCCUCGAAGGCACACUCAGUUUCUUUACGUGAGGAACAAGGACCUAGUGAGUUGGAUAGGGUUUCUGAGGAAGGUAAAAAUUUGGGGGUGGACUCUGGUUUGGGUGUAGAGGGAACUAUGGUUGACAAUACGAGGAAGGAGAAUGAGGAAGAGUUCUUGGAUGGUAUACAACAAGUUUCGGAUGGGGAUUUUGAUGGGGAUACUAAGAUGCAUGAGUUUGCAUCCGAUGUUCUAGAAGAGGAAAAUGAGGUAGAGGAGAGGGAAGGGAAAAAUAAUAGCACUGAUGAGGCAGCAAAGCGACAUGGCUUGCGUAGAAAGCCUACUAAGGCGACUAUGGCUGCAGGGGCUUCCAACAAAUUGAAGAUGGCUCAGAUGCUGGCUAACAAACUUCCGGUGACUAAGGCAGGGAUGCGUCAUGGUGAUCACACCAAGCAGGCGGAGGAUAAGGGUCCAUUAAACCGAAAAUAA